CUGGAGCCGCCUCUCAUUGCACCAGAGCCCAAUCCGGAUUGCACUGGAGCAGCCUCCCUUUGCACUUGGGAGGUGAAUCCAGAUUGCAUUGAAGCCGCCUCCCACUGCACCGGAGCCUGAUCCGGAUUGCACUGGAGUCGCCUCCCACUGCACCGGAGCCCAAUCCGGAUUUCACUGGAGCCGCCUCUCAUUGCACCAGAGCCCAAUCCGGAUUGCACUGGAGCAGCCUCCCUUUGCACUUGGGAGGUGAAUCCAGAUUGCAUUGAAGCCGCCUCCCACUGCACCGGAGCCGAGCCCGGCUUGCCGCCGUUGCACCCGGAGCACAAUCCGCCUUGCACCGGCGCCGCCCCCAUCGCAGCCGGAGCAGGAUCCGGAUCGCACUUCCUGCGCCUGCCCGAGCCGGCCGGGAUGCGGCCAUGCUCUCGUCCGGGCUGCUGCGGGCGGCCGGGCCGCGCUCCGAGCUAGGUGAUGCAGGCUCGGCGGCACAGACUCAGGACCCGGCGUCUCCAGGCGGAGGGGAGCGGGCGGCAUCGCUGGCGGCAGCGGGCGAGGAGGAGAGCCCGGGCGAGGAGCGGGCGCUGGUGAUCCACAGCCAGGCGGAGGAGCGGGAGUACAAGUGCCCGCUGUGCGGGGAGCGCUUCCGGCAGCAGCCCAGCCUGACGCGGCACCAGAAGCUGCACGCGGCCGAGCGCGCCUACAUCUGCCCCGAGUGCGGGAAGCCCUUCGGGCUGCGGCACAACCUGCUCGUGCACCAGCGCACGCACACGGGCGAGAAGCCUUUCCCCUGCGCCCAGUGCGGCCGGAGCUUCAGCCUCAAGCAGAACCUGCUCACGCACCAGCGCACCCACGCGCCUGCUGCCGGCGCCGGCACCGCGCAAGGCGGGCGCCGCCUCGUGCUCGGCGCCCGCAGGGAGAGCGGGGAGUCCCCGACGCCGCCCUUCGUCUGUCCCGACUGCGGAAAGGGCUUCAGCGGGCGCAGCGGGCUGGCCGCGCACCGGCGCACCCACACCGGCGAGACCCCGUUCACUUGCAUCCAGUGCAGGCGGCGCUUCAGCCAGAAGGGCAUGCUGGAGGGCCACCAGUGCUCCCACCUGCCCGCACCCGCCCUGACGUGAGCCCCCAGCUCCCAGGAUGAGCAGAGGCCCUGCCUCCGUGCCCCCCAGCCAGACGGGAGCACCCCAGAAAGCGCUACGGGUUGGGGUGUCCCAGGCUGCUGCAGCUGCCCUCACCCCACCGCCCACAGGCUCCUUGCAGCGGGGAGCAGCCGCCCUCAUGCCCUGCCACCCGCUCCGGCUGCUGGCUCCGUCGUGCAG